CAGCUGUUUUCUGGCUCAAACAGCUGUUUGAUUUUGUUGACGUGCAGCAUCUGGCGGAUUCUUACAAUUUCAACAAAAUGCCGCAAAUUACGGAGAAUAAUCAGAAUUUUGAUGUUGUCAAAUACUUCCUGCAGCUGCUGGAGGAGGACAGGGACCUUUCCUCUGGCAUUGCGGCCAUUAGGACUUUGCUGAUGAUCCUGGAAAAGAAACAGUUUGGCACCAUUCACAUCCUGCACACAACCAUGCGGGAAGCGGUGGCCGCCAUGCGGAACACAGACUUGUCCAUUGCCGCCAUUGUGUCUGCUGGAGAGCUUUUCUGCCGGUUUAUUACGCUCAGCUUGGACGACAAGCACAUGGAGGAGUGCCGCCAGAUCAUGUUGCAUCGCGGCAAGAUCUUUCUCACCAAGCUGCUCAACUCCCGGCAGGUGAUUGCCCACCAGGCUCAGCGGUUCAUCAGUGAUGGCUGCCGCAUAUUGACACACUCCCGAUCCCGUGUGGUCCUCAAAGCCCUGAUUACCGCCUCGCAAAACAAAAAGUCCUUCCAUGUUUACGUGACACAAGGUGGCACUGGAAAUCCUGGCGAAGAAAUGGUGCGGGAACUGGAAGCAGCUGGCAUUGAUUGCACUCUGAUUCUGGACUCGGCCACCGGCUAUGUGAUGGAAUCAGUGGACUUUGUCAUGGUGGGCGCUGAAGCAGUGGUGGAAAGUGGCGGCAUUAUCAACAGGAUUGGCUCCUACACCAUGGGCCUGUGUGCCCGCGAGAUGAAGAAGCCCUUCUACGUUCUAUCUGAGAGCUUCAAGUUCUCUCGUCUUUAUCCACUCAACCAGCGGGAUCUGCCAGAUGAGUAUAAAUACUCCCGAAAACACCUCAACGAUGUGAGCAAGGUGCAUCCCCUGGUGGACUACACGCCACCCGUCUACAUCACGCUGCUCUUCACCGAUCUGGGAAUUCUAACGCCGUCGGCUGUGAGCGACGAGCUGAUCAAACUCUACAUGUAGACGAACAAUAUAACCGCUGAUGCCCUUAA